AUGGAGAAGAGACUGACAAUAGGUCUGACUCUGUUCCUAACACUCUGCCUGGACAUACCAGAAGUUGGAGGGCGGAAGGAUGGAGCCAAUGGAGAAAACACUCAGAAACGUUCAUCACGAUCUUCAGAUACAAAAGGAGGUCGUUGCUCCUACACCUUCAUUGUUCCACAGCAAAAACUGACAGGGGCGCUGUGUUUGAACACGCAGUCUGCUAGUACCAACCACUCUGAGGUGGCAGUGCUGCGGGCGGAGCUCAGACGACAGCAGGAACAGCUGGAGAAGCUCCGGGGCCAGAUGGAUCAGGAGGGGGCCCUUGCCUUGGAGGUAAGAGCCCUGCGCAAAGAGAGUAAUAGCAUGAAUUCUCGCAUUGCCCAGCUCUAUGCCCAGCUGCUACAUGAAGUCAUACACAAAAAAGACCAGGCUUUGGAGCAGCGAAGACUGGAGAACCUCCUGCUAAAUGCUACGACACAGGCACUGCAGGUGUCCAGUAAUUACAGGGAGCUGGAGAAGAAAUAUGGAGCCCUUACCUCCAUGAUGAGCUCCCAGAAUCAGUUUAUUGCUCGUCUGGAGAAGCAGUGCCAGUGCAGGGACUCCACCCACCAGUCCUCUGCGGUGAUGACUGAACCAGCAAAAAGCCACUCUAACGUGCAUCCUAAUUACAGCUCUGAAGCCAACGAAAUGACCAAUGACGUUCAAAGGGACCAAAGUGUUCCUCUACAACAGCAGGAAAAAACAGGGGGAGUUCAUUCCCUCCCCACCACUACAGCUAACACUCCUACAGAGCCUCCUUUCAUUAGUUACCCUGUCACAAAGACUCCAGGGCCAUGGCGGGACUGCCAGCAUGUGCUGGAAUCAGGUGAGACCACCAGCGGGAUCUACCUGCUCCGCCCGCAGAGUGCCAACCGCCUAAUGCAGGCUUGGUGUGAUCAGAGUCAGGCUCAAGGAGGGUGGACAGUCAUCCAGCGAAGACAGGAUGGGUCGGUCAACUUCUUCAGGACUUGGGAGCAGUAUAAGCAAGGCUUCGGGAACCUAGAUGGGGAGUAUUGGCUUGGCUUGGAACAUCUCUAUUGGCUGACUAAACAGGCCCAAUAUAAGCUACGGGUUGCUCUGGAGGACUGGCAGGGCCGGCAGGUGUUUGCUGAGUAUGAUAGCUUCCACCUGGAACCGGAGACUGACUGGUACCGACUGCGGUUAGGACAAUACCUAGGCAAUGCAGGGGACUCCCUCUCAUGGCACAACAACAAGGCCUUCACCACUCUGGAUCGAGACAAGGAUAGCUAUACAGGUAAUUGUGCUCAUUACCAGAAAGGAGGCUGGUGGUACCACAUGUGUGCCCACUCCAAUCUGAAUGGUGUGUGGUAUCGGGGUGGACACUAUCGCAGCCGCUACCAGGAUGGGGUCUACUGGGCAGAGUUCCAUGGAGGGUCCUACUCCCUCAAACGAGUUUCAAUGAUGAUCAAACCUAGAUAA